AUGAACUUCUUCACAAAACUCUAUGAACCAAGAAAACCAGCGAGUUUGGAUGAUCUACGCUGCAUCGUGAAAGGUGUGCUGGAGGAUGAACAACGGUCGAGAAAGCUUUUAGAGACUAAAGGAGAUGACGCGCAGUUAUGGCUUGAUGCGUUACAAGUGCUCGGCGAACUUCCUGAUGUUCCAUCAAAACUACGCUCCUCGAUACUCAAGAUGAUGCUUCGCCUUGCAAAGCGGUCAGGUUUGUGUCCACAGUGUCUCAUGAUCAAAAACGUGAAGAGGCUCGGAGAUUUCCCCGUUGGCGGCGGUGGUUUUGGGGAUGUAUGGAAGGGGAAAAUUGGGGAGCAGACGGUGUGUUUGAAGGUUGUGAAGGUUUAUUUGGUUUCCGAUGUACGGCAGCUGCUGACGGAAUACAUGCGGGAGGCGAUUGUCUGGCGACAGCUCAAACACCCCAAUCUCUUACCGUUCAUGGGGAUGUAUUAUCUGGACAAGACUAGAGAACAGCUGUGCUUGGUGUCCCCUUGGAUGGAACGAGGGAAUCUCGUGCGGUAUCUAAAGGAUACUCCAAGAGAACAGGUUGAUCACUAUUCCUUGGUGUAUGACGUUGCAUCAGGUUUAUCAUAUCUUCAUAGAAUGAAAAUCGUUCACGGGGACCUGAAAGGUGUCAAUAUUUUGGUCACCCCCGAUGAAAGAGCCUGUAUUGGAGAUUUCGGCCUUUCUCGAGUUGCCGACACCCAUGCACUCAGGUUGACUUCCUCGACCGCAACACAUUCCAAAGGAACGACGAGAUGGCUUUCACCCGAGAUUCUAAGCUCAGAUCCACCCUGUACAUCUUCAACAUUCAGUGAUAUCUAUGCUUUUGCUUGUGUGUGUUACGAGAUUUUCACGGGAAACGUACCUUUUCACGAACUCGUGGAUGGUGCAGUCAUUGUCGCUGUAUUGAUUCACAAGAAGUACCCACCACGUCCGAACUUGACCUCGGUAAACGACAGAAUAUGGAAGAUUAUGGUGGAUUGUUGGGAUAGUAACCCUCAGUUGCGACCGGCGGCUUCUGAGGUUCUCACACGCGUCGCUGGGUUCGUCAGCCUGAAGACAGGUGGCAGUAUUAACUCUGCUUCUGACUGGGACACCUUCAACCUCUCUCAGAUCUGGAAGAAUGUCAAAUAUCCUCUUCUCGACACAUCAGCACUUAUCCGACUUCAAAGUAACCUCGGAAGGUUUCCUGCCAUCGCUCAACCGACUGCUCUCCCUUCACAGGAGACCUUGAAACCGACGGUAGAGGUUGAAAGGGAUCAUGUGCGGGAGGUGUGGGCCAUGGCAUGCAUGAAGCUUGAGGCCGAACUGGAGGCCGCUCAGAUGAUUAUUGAAGGGAUGGAUGAAGCCCGACGACAAGCCGAGAUCAAUCUCACGUUGAUGGACCUCCAGUCUCGAGUUGAAGAUUGGAGGGGGUUCCCAUUAGAAACCUUUGGUCAACUUCUACUCCACGACACUCUGAUUGUCAUGAGCUCCAACCUCAUGAAAGAAUGUCGCGUUUUUCUCUUUGAGAAGGUCCUCUUUCUCUGCACGGAUCAUAAUCCAAUUCCUAUCCGUGUUCGUUCCCCCCUCAAUGUGGACGCUACGACAAGUAUUUCUUGGAAGAAUCGCUCACCGAUUGUGGUUAAUGGUCGUAUUGCCAUCGCUGCUGUAGAUAGGGCCGAAGUAAUUUCGACCACUCCGGCGCAAUGCGUUCUUGGUAUAUGGUGGAUAAACGACGGGAAGACGGAGCUCUUUACUCUUCAAUUCGAUCGGGAAGAUCAAAUGCGGGAAUGGGUGUCAACACUAAAUCGACUGAUCUGUCCAGACACCGACGCAGAGUCUCAAAUUUCACCCCAUUUCCCCUAUUCCACUGCAUCGAGCCAGUUACUAGACACCGAAGACAUGUUGAACGAUGGUGGAUGGAAGAGACCGUUGUCGGCCAUCGUUGAUUCUGGCACUUCUAGACGCUUCUCAUUCGACGUGAAGGGUGCAGUCCGUCGAUAUACUAGUCCCCUUUUCAACCGUUCUGCAUCAGCCAGUUACGAUCACCUUCCCAGACCCCAUAUGCUUGGGAGAGAUGCCCACUUUCGGCGUUUAUCUCGCACUACAUCCAAUCUCACUCGAGCGGGGAAGCGAGCAAGCCUACGAUAA